CUUGGAAAUUCAGAGCAGUUUCGAGCUGAGACCAUGGAGGAGCGGACGCCGGGUUCGGAGAGCUGGCUGGACGGCGCGGAGAACCUCACUGCCCGGGAGAGGCUGCUGGAGGAACUGGGGAACCUGUCGGCGCAGUUUCAGGGCAUCCAACUCAUCCAGUCCUUCAAACCCCUCAUCAUCCCCUGCUACGCCCUGGUGGUCUUCAUCGGCAUCUUCGGCAACUACUUGCUCAUCUACGUGAUCUGCAAGACCAAGAGGAUGCACAACAUCACCAACUUCCUACUGGGCAACCUGGCCUUCUCCGACAUGCUGAUGUGCGCCACUUGUGUGCCCUUCACCCUGGCUUAUGCCUUCGAGCCGCGGGGUUGGGUCUACGGCCGCUUCCUCUGCUACUUCGUGUUCCUGAUGCAGCCGGUCACAGUGUGCGUGUCGGUCUUCACUCUGACUGUGAUAGCCGUGGACCGUUACCGUGCCACGGUGUACCCUCUAAAGAGGAGGCUCGCCAUCCCCAGCUGCGCCUACUUGCUGGGGGCUAUCUGGCUGCUCGCUUGCCUGCUCGCCGCCCCGGCCUUGGUCCACACUUACUAUGUGGAGUUCCCCCACCAGGGACUCACCAUCUGCGAGGAAUUCUGGAUGGGGAUGGGAAGGCGCCGCCUCCUGUACGCUUACAGCACUCUGGCCGUCACCUAUCUGCUGCCCUUCACGCUUAUCUCGCUGUCCUACCUGCGCAUCUCGGUCAAGCUGAAGAACCGUGUGGUCCCCGGUAACACCACCCAGAGUCAAGCCGAGUGGGACCGGACGAGGCGCAGGAAGACUUUCCGUCUGCUAGUGCUGGUGGUGGCCGUCUUCGGUCUGUGCUGGCUCCCUCUGCACCUCUUCAACCUGAUCAAAGACAUGGACAUCAACCUGAUCGACAAGCAGUACUUCAACCUGAUCCAGUUGCUAUGCCACUGGCUGGCGAUGAGCUCCGCCUGUUACAACGCCUUCAUCUACGCCUGGCUCCACGACAGUUUCAGAGGGGAACUCAAGAAGAUGUUCAGCUGGCGGAACCACAAGGUGGCUCCGACGGUUCACUGCGUGAUGGCCAGCGAGGUCUUGUAAAUAAACCCAGCGCUCGGCUCGCAACAUACAGGCACUCCUGACUACAGAAUUGGGGAUAAAGGA